AUGGCGGACAACGGAACAGUGAACGGAACCGAGAACGGGGAAUUUAGCUUCCCAAACACUGGAACAGGAACCGGAACCCCUCGCAAUGGGCUCGCAAAGAUCCAAACUCAUUCAAAGAAACAAAAUGGGAUCUGUCACGACGACAGUGCUCCUCCCGUGAAAGCGCAGACGAUCGACGAGCUGCAUUCGCUCCAGAAGAAAAAAUCUGCGCCAACUACGCCCAUCAAAGGAGCUCAAGGUGCUUUCGCUCCCAUUUCCGAAGAAGAACGCCAAAAGCAGCAGCUCCAGUCCAUCAGUGCUUCGUUAGCAUCUCUGACGAGGGAAACAGGACCCAAGGUGGUGAAAGGAGAUCCAGCAAAGAAACCUGAAACUCCAAAGGUUGCUCAUCACGUUGCACAUCACCAUUUCACACCUACCCUUAGCAUCAGUGACAGUGCUUUAAAGUUCACUCACAUCCUUUACAACCUCUCUCCCGCCGAGCUAUACGAGCAGGCGAUAAAGUACGAGCAAGGAUCAUUCAUAGCAUCGAGUGGUGCCUUGGCGACGCUAUCGGGAGCAAAGACAGGUCGCUCUCCAAGGGAUAAACGCGUAGUGAGGGAUGAGAGCACAGAAGAUGAACUUUGGUGGGGAAAGGGCUCACCCAACAUAGAAAUGGACGAGCACACCUUCAUGGUUAACAGAGAAAGAGCUGUUGAUUACCUGAACUCGUUGGACAAGGUGUAUGUGAAUGAUCAGUUCCUGAAUUGGGACCCGGAGCACCGUAUCAAAGUCCGCAUCGUCUCAGCCAGAGCAUACCACUCCUUAUUCAUGCACAACAUGUGUAUCCGACCCACGCCUGAAGAAUUGGAGGAUUUCGGUACUCCGGACUUCACCAUAUAUAAUGCGGGUCGAUUCCCAUGUAACCGAUACACCCACUACAUGACAUCCUCAACUAGCAUAGAUCUAAAUCUGGCUAGGAGAGAAAUGGUGAUCCUUGGCACGCAAUACGCCGGAGAAAUGAAGAAGGGUCUGUUCAGUGUCAUGCAUUACCUCAUGCCUAAGCGUCAAAUCCUCUCCUUACAUUCUGGUUGCAACGUUGGUAAAGACGGCGAUGUUGCUCUCUUCUUUGGAUUAUCAGGUACGGGGAAGACGACUCUCUCCACCGAUCACAACAGGUUUCUAAUUGGAGAUGAUGAGCACUGCUGGAGUGAAAAUGGGGUAUCAAAUAUUGAGGGGGGUUGCUAUGCCAAGUGCAUCGAUCUUUCUAGGGAGAAGGAACCAGAUAUCUGGAAUGCCAUCAAGUUCGGGACUGUGCUGGAAAACGUGGUGUUCGAUGAGCACACCAGAGAGGUGGAUUUUUCAGACAAAUCUGUUACAGAGAACACUCGUGCAGCAUACCCAAUUGAGUACAUUCCCAACGCAAAGAUACCGUGCGUGGGCCCACACCCGAAGAACGUCAUCCUUCUUGCUUGUGAUGCGUUUGGUGUGCUCCCACCAGUGAGCAAGUUGAACCUGGCCCAGACCAUGUACCACUUCAUCAGCGGCUACACUGCUCUGGUGGCUGGCACGGAGGACGGCAUUAAAGAGCCACAGGCAACAUUCUCAGCUUGUUUUGGUGCAGCAUUUAUAAUGUUGCAUCCCACCAAGUAUGCAGCCAUGCUGGCUGAGAAGAUGCAGAGGCAUGGAGCCACAGGUUGGCUUGUCAACACCGGCUGGUCUGGUGGAAGCUAUGGCUCAGGUAACCGCAUCAAGUUGGCUUACACUCGGAAGAUCAUUGAUGCCAUACAUUCUGGCAGUCUUCUGAAUGCCAAUUACGAGAAGACCCAAGUGUUUGGACUGGAGAUUCCCACUGGAAUCGACGGUGUGCCUUCAGAAAUCCUGGACCCAAUAAACACUUGGUCCGACCAAAAGGCAUAUGAGGACACUCUAUUGAAACUUGCAGGCCUAUUCAAGAAGAACUUUGAGGGGUUUGUGAAUUAUAAGAUUGGGAAGGAUAACUCGCUGACGGAGCAGAUCCUUGCAGCUGGUCCUAUCUUCUGAUCUGGGUGAAUG